UACUGUUAAAACAUUUUAAUGGGUAUGUUGAUUGUUGUUUAGAUCUGCGAAGUAUACGAAAAAAGUAGUAAAAUAAUCGUUAAAGUGCAUCGGUAUAGUUCCUAUAUAAUCUCGAAAAUGUGGUAAAUGUGCAGAUAAAUAAAAAAAAACAAGUGGUGAUAAGCAAAUGUUUAAAUGGAAGCAUCCUCCAUCAUUACCCAGGUGUCAAGAGACGAGGAACAUCUGAAUAAUUAUGCUACAGAAAAAGGCUCUUUAUCUACACAAGAUGGCGGUAACGAACAACUCGCUCAACUUCAACCGUCGUCGUCGACGGCGACGAAGAAGAGUUCCACGAAGAGUUUCUUUCGUUCGUUAUUCUGUUGUCUCCGACCGAAAAAAUCGAAACCUCCCACAUCAGAACAAUGUUUGGACGGUACCCAAUGCGUCGAUCACACUAGAUGCAGUUAUCUACUCAGUCCUCCCAGAGCGGAGGAUACAAACAAAAAAUGUAUGGUUAUAGAUUUGGACGAAACUCUAGUACACAGCAGCUUCAAGCCAAUCAAUAACGCCGAUUUCGUGGUACCUGUCGAGAUAGACGGUACUUUACAUCAAGUGUACGUUUUGAAAAGGCCGCACGUCGACGAAUUCCUCCAAAGAAUGGGGGAAUUGUACGAAUGCGUCCUUUUUACGGCGUCUCUAGCCAAAUACGCCGAUCCAGUGGCGGAUCUACUCGAUAAAUGGGACGUAUUCAAAGCUAGAUUAUUUCGAGAUAGUUGCGUCUUCUACAGAGGUAACUACGUCAAAGACUUGAACAAAUUAGGACGAGAAUUACAACAGAUCGUUAUCGUUGAUAAUUCGCCCGCUUCUUACAUAUUCCAUCCAGAUAAUGCUGUGCCGGUAGCGUCUUGGUUCGACGAUAUGAACGAUUCCGAACUGUUAGAUCUUAUACCGUUCUUCGAAAAACUCAGUAACAUGGACAAUGUAUACACAGUGUUGUGCAACUCCAAUCACCCCUACAACAAUUCUACUCCUUCUCAACUCAACGGGCCGCAGAAUUUGAACCACGUCAUAGGCUCCGUUCAGAACAAUCAUUCACCUGCCAAGACGUAGCGAUCGCUAUUCGUCUUUCAGUUGAUGAUUUGUUAUUGAUUUUUAUUUUUAUUAUUAAUUUUUUUUUUUUUUUAAUUUGCGACACUGUAAGGAGUAGAAAAUGGUAUCGAUGUAAAAUAGAACGAGAAUUGAUUCAUAUGUACACAGGGUUUUCCGAAAAUUUUGCAAAAAAAAAUCGAUAAAUUUAUUAUUAUUUUUAUCACCCUAUAUAUAUAUAUAUACAUAAUUUUUACCGAUUUUGAAUCUAUAUAUAAUUUAAUUAAAUAAGUGGAUAUUAAAAGUAUAAUAUUUAAUAUAUUUAAAUUUGUGACCCUUUGGCUUAGUCCGUAUCUGGUUUUUUUUAACUCGAAUUAUAUUUUGCGACUUUAGCACGAUGUAAUUCGUAAAUUUCGUAAAUAAACGUAUAAAAGGAUUUUUAUGAUAUUAAACACCCUGUAUAACUUAUUAUUCAAUUUUAUUUUAUGUAUAUAAUUGACAAAUUUACGGUUAGAAAAUGUUCGAUAUUCGUUAGGGGGGAUGGGGUUUUUUUUUUGAAAUAUCUUGAAAAAAAUUUUGGACAAAAACUGGAAUUUUUUAUAUAAAAUUUUGACGUAAAGAAUUCGAAAUAAUUAAAAAUAACUGUAGAAUUAAAAAAUUAUGAAAAAUAAAAAAAA